AUCGAGUUUAAGAGGUCGAUGCACAUGCCGCAGCGGCUUGGCAGCGGAUGUCUCGAGUUCAAGCGCUGCUGAACCGGAUGGUCGAGUACGCGAGCGACCCGAACACGAUCAAGACUUGCUGCGGAGUCCUCUCGAUCCUCUCGCGGAGCGAGGACAAGAAGACAGAGAUUGCCAACGCCGGCCUCGCCAUCGUUUUGAAAGCGAUGAAUGCCCACAUGGCCAACGAAGACCUCGUGGAGGCUGCGUGUGACCUCCUCUGGACGCUCGCGUUCAACAACAAGCCCGUCAAAGCCAGCAUCAGUGCCCAUGGCGGCAUCGCGACGCUCCUUCGGUGCGUCGACGUCCAUCGACUGAACCCGGCGCUGCUUCGAUCCGCGCUCGGGACGUUGAGCAAUCUCAGUCAACUCGCCGACAACCAGCAACACAUCGGUGUCGGACUUCCUGUCGUGGUGGCGGCCAUGCAGCUGCACGUCCGCAACGUCGAUCUGCUCGCGUUCGCGUUGGACACACUGACUAGCAUCAUCAUCGGCCACGAUCGCAACUGCCGCGUCGUAUAUGACCUUGGGAUCAUCGACUUCCUCCUGGACGUGCUCAAGGACUACAACCAACACGCAAGCGCAUCCCGUUUGGCAGUUGUCAAGUCGGCGUGCCACACACUUGCCAUCGUGUGCGAGCUCCAGGGGGUGGGCAAGUGCAUCGCGGACGCGCACGGCGUGGCGGCAAUCGUCGCGGCCAUGUGUGCAGCCGCGCCGCUUCCGACCGACGUCGAGCGCAUCAUUACCGUUCUCCUAUUCCGCAUCUCGAAAGACCCUGCCGUGGUGCCCCAAAUGGUUCACGACGGAGUUGUUCUCGUAUUGUUCCGAGUCCUGGCGAACCAGCGGACCGGCGCCAUGUGCUCUGAGACGCUCCUCGCGACUUGCCAUAUCUUGUGCUUGAUGACACAGUUCGCCAGCUCUCACGCGGUCGACUUGAGCCCGUAUGUGCCGGUGUCGUCGUGCCACGGGGAUCUUCUCCUGCGCCUCGCCGCCGACAACACGGCGCCGCUCGCCUUGUCCAUCUUCCGCCUUCUGGCGCACUUGUCCCGCAACCCAGUCCCGCUCCCAGCGCUUGUGAACGUUGCGACGAUGGAAAGCAUGCUGGCCCUCGCGACGCUGCAUGGGAACCCUCCCGAGAUGCUCCAGCUCGUUCUCGAUGUCCUUGUACACCUCCGGCGAUCCAUGAUCGCAGCGCAGCCCCUCCGGUCACCGGAAAAGUCGCUCGCGGCUCUCCUCGUCGCGAUUCGGACGUUCCCGGAAGACAUCGAGCUGCUCGACCAAGUCUUUUGCGUCGUCACCGCGUACAGUUUGUCCGACUCGUCGUCCCAUCCCCGCACCGUGUUUGGCUUCAUUGGCGCUGCCAUGAGGUGCCUCAGUCGAUAUUCGAGCGCGAACUGGGCACCCCAAUGCAUGAUCGAGGCAUGCCGUUUCCUGCUGCACGUCAUGGGGUCCAAGGAAGGCGUCGACAGCAUGGUCAGCUGUGGGGGCGUCAACAUUCUGUGCCAGUUUAAUCGCGACGUGUUUGCAGCCCCUGCUGACGUCCCUGCCGACCUUCAAAAGCUUCUCCAUGCAAUGUGUCUUCGACUCGAAACCCCGUUUGCCGGUCCAUCCCCCACGGCGCCCGCUGUCAUGAAGAGCGAGGUCGUCGGAGAAGCGGCUGGCUGCAUGCCCAGUGGUACCCAGCAGCACGACGAUGACGACGAUGAAGACGAAGAGGAUGAGAAUCCAAUGGAGGAGGACGAAGAAGACGAGGAUGAACAAGACAGCGACUACACCGACGAACUCCGCGUCGUGGAUCAUCCCCAGGUAGACGACGAGGCCGUGGCGCAGUGCGACCAUCGAUCGUCACCGGACGAUGGCGCCGCCUCUGCGCCGCCGCCUUGUACUGCGGCUCCGUCCAGCGUAGUCACGGCAGACGCGAGCACCCCUCUACGUCCCGUGACCGUCCCGCCGGCCGCGUUGGUUUCGUACCUCAUCCAAACGUUCGCACACCCCCAGGACGUAGUCCCAUCCGAACGAAGUGCCGCCACCGUCAGCGAACACCGGUAUACGUACACAAGCCACUCGAGCGGGUACCACCUGCCGAAACAUCCCCUCGUCCGCCUGCCGUCCGGCGGCGCACCCCAACCACCCGCCGCCACGACGUUGCUGACGACGUGUCCUGUGCACAACGAGCCGGCUACAUCCACGUUUGCCAGUUCCGCCGACAUGCAGCAGUACAUUGAGUUGCGCAUGGCCAUGCGCGUCGCGCUGGUGCAAACCAACCAUGCUGACGCUCAAGUCGUGUACCAAAGCACGCGACCGGCCGGAAACGCGUCGCUCGCGUCGGCAGUCCCCACCGACGUGUACCCGUAUGCUGUGGGUUUCCCGACGUCGAGCGACGCCCGUCGGUUCGGUGCCCCCUUGACGUUCGACUCGGAGUUUGACGCAGGCAAUCUCCUCCGCGCGGUGCAAGUAGCCGACACCGAGUUCGACCUCAUCUUGCGCCCAGACGUGCACACGACCGGGUACACGCAAUGGUUUUACUUUGCCGUCGCGAAUGCCCAGCCGUCGGUGGCGUACACAUUCCACAUUGUCAACUUGUACAAACCAGACAGCCUCUUCAACACGGGGCUCCAGCCGGUCGUGUACUCGGUGCAGGACGCAAGCACCGACGCGAUCGGGUGGAAGCGCGCCGGGACAGACGUGUGCUACUAUGCCAACCCGUACAAGCAGCCAAAACAGACCAAGGCGGACGACGGCCACGCGAGUACGUUUUUCACCAUGAGCUUUACCUUGACCUUUCCUCGCGCCGACGACACGUACCUCAUUGCGCACAGCUACCCGUACACGAUGGCCGACCACAAGUGGCACCUCCGUCAGCCUCCGUUUCAGUGCGCGGACGUCGUGCGCAAGUCGGUGCUGUGCCGAACGCUUGGGCAACAAGACUGCGACGUCCUCUCGAUCACCGAUUUCGCGUACACCCAUGACGCGCUCGAGACGCGCCCGGUGAUCGUCUUGACGGCGCGAGUCCAUCCUGGCGAGCCCCAAGCAAGCUGGGUCAUGCGCGGUGUCCUGGAUUUUCUCGUGUCCGAUGCACCCGACGCCAAGCUCCUCCGGCGCGUCUUUGUGUUUAAGGUCGUGCCGGUUUUGAAUCCGGACGGCGUGCUGUACGGCAACAACCGAUGCGGCCUCGCGGGUUGCGACUUGAAUCGGCAGUGGAAGGCGCCGACGGCGGCGCGCCACCCGACGAUUUUUGCCAUCAAGGCCGUCAUGCAGACGCUCCCUGUCGUGUUUUACUGCGAUAUCCAUGGCCACAGUCGCAAGAAGAAUGUGUUCAUGUACGGGUGCGACACACCCAAGCACGCCAACCCGAUCGCCCGGACAUUUCCCAAGCUCCUGAGCAGCCACUGGGUCGGCCGCCAGUACGUAAGCCUCGACUCGUGCAACUUUCAAGUGAACCGCGGGAGGGAAUCGACGGCGCGGGUUGUCGUUGGCCGUGACAUGGGCAUCGCCAACAGCUUCACGCUCGAGGCAUCGUUUUGCGGGGCCGACUUUGGGCGGCUCGCAAACCAACACUUCAAUCUGCGCCACUUUGACGACAUUGGGCUCGCGUUCGGGCAGUCGCUGGCCGACUACGCCAUGCCGGAUGGAAUGGACCGAGGGACGGUGUACGAAUGGCUGCAGAGCCCGGACGAAUGCCAAGAUAUUCGACGGUACAUCGAGACAUUGUACAACGGUCGGCUUGCCGAGCAACAACUCGCGGGCAUCGUGCCCCUGCACAUGACACUUGGGCCGUUGUUCGAGCGCAAGGGGUCGUUUGCGCGAUUGCUCAAGAAACCAGCCAAGGGCACGCAUAAGAAGAAGAAGAAGAAAAAGGCCGCGUCGCAGCCGCCAGCAGCACUCGUCCCCGUUAUCGUUGUGCCGAAGCAGCUCCCGUUGCCGGCCGCUGCCAUUACGUCCACAGGCACGUUGAAGAAGCCAUCCACCAAGCCGGCGAAGAAGGCUGCGACGUCGUCAGGUCCCAAAGUUAUAUUGGGAAAGCCCGGGACGCCGCCACCACUAGCUCUCAAGAAAGCGCUGAGUUUGCCGAGUCCAAAGAUCCAAGCGGCGCGGCUCAAGAACCCGCCCCUGAUAGAGAAUAAUGCGCAGGACGGUUCGUCCAUGAGUCGGUUUAAGAGCCCGAGCUUUCGACGGCUGACCCAGUUCACGCCACCGAGCUUGCGCGAGGCCGAGGAGGCACCCGCGUCGGCGCGGCGGCGCAUUAGCUUUCCAACAGUUAGUAAAUAGCCCAUCCUGUAUCUCUUGGUCUGUCUUGCUCCCAACAACUUCUUGGCCACACGGGGAAUGUCGAAUUCUGCUAUAGCUCCACGGCAUCCAGAGUCGCUUCAAGCGCCAAGAGCCGCUCCUUUCUUGUGGCAAAUUCCCGUUGCAGAUGGGUGCGAACGCUGGCAAAAUGCACCUCGAGUAGAUCUGACGUGGACGGGACGUGCAGCGGGCGCGACUUGCGCAGUUUUCGACACACUUGGGCCAUCGCGUACAGCAGUACGGACGCUACCGAUUCCCCAUGUGAGUGUUUCCCAACAACCAAAAUCAAACUGACCUGCUUGAAACGCCGCUGCAUCGUGCUUCUUGUCGCGGCGACACACGUGCAAAUUCCACGUCGCCUGGAUGAGUCGCGCAGACGCGUUGGCUGUCUGCUUGGCUUGUUUUUCCUUCUCAAGGAGGUCAAAGACCGUCACGUCGGCGUCCGUGAGCUCGAGCAUGGCGAAGAACGACGCGCUGAGCAUUCCCGUCAGCAGGAUCCCGCUCACCAUGGCGAAUACAAUCAUGACGACCUGGCCUGCCGUCGUCAUUGGCACGCGAUCGCCGUACCCGACGGUGGCCAUCGUCACAACGGUCAGCCACACGGCAUUCGCAUAUGUCGACACGAGGGGAUUCACCGGCGCUUCCAGGAUCCAAAUCGCGCUGGCCGUCGUGAAGACGGACGUGAGGAAGCCGAGGCCGAGGAACGCAAACGGGUUCGUGCGUAGGAGGUAUUUGAUCGCAAAGAGAGUCCCGAGCGCAUCCACGUUGUUGAGGCUCCCGAUGAACGCGAUGCGGUAGCUACGAAAUGUGGGAAGCCGUCGGCCGACGAUGUGCUGGUUUACCAGUAGAAAUCGGACAAGUUGCGGACAAAGCGAGGCACCAUGUAAACGCGAACGAGCUGGACGAGGCCGAGGACUUGGUACCUACGUUAGAGAUGAGCAUCGAGCGCAUGUGUGAAGUACGCACGGGUAAGCGUAGAGGAGAUAGCAGUCGCGGCCGUCGAGCGUUCCGUCAAACUUGCAGAAUGGAAGGUGGGACACUGGGUCAAUUUGGGCGCGGGUGAUCCAUUGGCGCACAGAAAAGGAUCCUUCCGUGAUGAAGGGGGGUACGGUGAGACUGCAUAGAAGGAACUCCACGAGAAAGCCGAGAACGACAUACGAAGGGAGCUCGUGGAAGCGAACGUCGGGUGGCAACGACCCUUUUCCGAUAAAAAUGUCGACUUCGAUGCAGUAGCGUCGGACGAGCAGACCGAGCAAGGCAACGGUCAGUGCCGUGUUCACGACGCGGAUCCAACUCGUCUCAAGCGCGCAGUCGACAAAUACGAACAAGACACUCGUCCCCGAGAUGGCGCACAUGGUCUGUUCGACGGUGCGGCGGUUGUUGUAGUCGACAUUGAGCUUGUGGAUCGCGCGGACAUGCUCCGCUGUUUGAACAAAGGAGCGCUUGAAUGCCUCGUCGUCCUUGAGACGGUCCUCGAGCUGCUGCGCAUACACACGCUUCUUCUUCUGCCACAGAUCGUCCGCCAUGCCCCUUGGUCUCUCAACCGCCUCGCA